UAACCGAAGUGCAGCUUGCGCAGCGGCGGUUAGUUGAUAGUCAGUGUGAGGAAAAGGUGUUGAGGUAAAAGUGAAAUAUUUUAAAAUUAAACACGUAGAUUUAUAUUUUUUAGGUGAAUUACAGCUGCAGAAGGAGUUUACGGUUCUGCAAGGACCGGUUAGCGUUUACAUUACUUCAUAUUUGAGAAGUUAUUCGGUUUUAAAAGGCAAGCAGGAGCGCCUGAGGUGAAUAAAAAUGGAUGCAACUGAAGGACCUCUGAAGACGUUGUUUGAGAACAAGGCGCUGAGCAAGUCGAAGAAGGAUGACAAGCGUCUGUCUGUGGAGCGCAUCUACCAGAAGAAGACUCAGCUGGAGCACAUUCUGCUCCGUCCGGACACCUACGUGGGCUCUGUGGAGCCUGUCACCCAGCAAAUGUGGGUGUUCGAUGAAGUGGUAGGAUUAAACUGCAGGGAGAUCACGUACGUCCCCGGCCUCUACAAGAUCUUCGACGAGAUCCUUGUCAAUGCUGCAGAUAACAAGCAGAGGGACAGCAGCAUGAACUGCCUCAAGAUCACCAUCGACCCAGAAAACAACUCUAUCAGCGUAUGGAACAACGGGAAAGGCAUUCCUGUGGUGAUGCACAAAGUUGAGAAGGUGUAUGUCCCGGCGCUCAUCUUCGGCCAACUGCUGACCUCCAGCAACUACGACGACGAGCAGAAGAAGGUCACAGGUGGGCGUAAUGGAUAUGGCGCCAAGCUGUGCAACAUCUUCAGCACCAAAUUCACCGUGGAGACGGCGUGCAGAGAGUCCAAGCAGUGCUUCAAACAGACGUGGUACGACAACAUGGGACGCACAGGCGAGGCCAAAAUCAAGCCGUUCAGCAGCGACGACUACACCUGCAUAACCUUCCAGCCCGACCUGUCCAAGUUCAAGAUGGAGUCUCUGGACCGAGACACGGUGGCGCUGCUGACGAGGCGCGCGUACGACAUCGCCGGCGCUACCAAAGGCGUCAAGGUGUUUCUGAAUGGCACUAAACUGCCUGUGAGCGGGUUCCGCAGCUACGUGGACUUGUACGUGAAGGACAAAACGGAUGAAACGGGUUCUCCCCUCACUGUAGUGCACGAGAUGGUGAAUCCACGCUGGGAGGUCUGUCUCACCAUGAGCGAGAAGGGCUUCCAGCAAGUCAGCUUCGUCAACAGCAUCGCCACCACCAAGGGGGGAAGACACACGGACUAUGUGGCUGACCAGAUCGUGGCCAAGAUGAUUGAGGUGGUAAAGAAGAAGAACAAAGGUGGUGUAGCAGUCAAGCCCUUCCAGGUGAAGAACCACAUGUGGCUGUUUGUGAACUGCCUGAUCGAGAACCCCAGCUUUGACUCCCAGACCAAAGAGAACAUGACUCUCCAGCAGAAGAGCUUCGGCUCCACCUGUACACUGAGCGAGAAGUUCAUCAAACAGGCGAACAACUGCGGCAUCGUGGAGAGCGUGAUGAACUGGGUGAAGUUUAAGGCUCAGACUCAGCUCAACAAGAAGUGCUCGGCUGUCAAACACACAAAGAUCAAGGGCGUGCCCAAACUGGACGACGCCAAUGAUGCAGGUGGUAAGAACUCGUCCGGCUGCACGCUGAUCCUCACUGAAGGAGACUCGGCCAAAACCCUGGCCGUGUCUGGACUGGGCGUGGUGGGCCGCGAUCGCUACGGUGUUUUCCCACUGCGUGGAAAAAUGCUCAACGUUCGAGAGGCGUCACACAAACAGAUCAUGGAGAACGCUGAGAUCAAUAGCAUCAUCAAGAUCCUGGGUCUGCAGUACAGGAAGAACUACAGCGACCCCGAGUCACUCAAGUCGCUGCGCUACGGAAAACUCAUGAUCAUGACAGAUCAGGAUCAAGACGGCUCACACAUCAAAGGGCUUCUCAUCAACUUCAUCCACCACAACUGGCCCUCGCUGUUGCGCCACAACUUCCUUGAGGAGUUCAUCACUCCCAUUAUCAAGGCAUCAAAUAAGAAGCAGUCAAUUUCCUUUUACAGCAUCCCAGAGUUCACCGAGUGGAAAGAGAAGCAGAGCAACCUGAAAUCAUGGAAGAUCAAGUACUACAAAGGUUUGGGUACCAGCACAUCCCAGGAGGCUAAAGAGUAUUUCUCGGACAUGGCGAGACACCGCAUCCCGUUCAAAUACUCCGGACCUGCCGAUGACGAGGCGAUCACCCUUGCCUUUAGUAAGAAGAAAGUGGAGGAGAGAAAGGAGUGGCUCACCAGCUUCAUGAUCACCAGGCGACAGCGCCGGGAGCAUAACCUGCCCGAGGAGUAUUUGUAUGGGAAAGAAACCACUUCACUCACCUACCACGACUUUGUGAACAAGGAGCUGGUGCUUUUCUCAAACUCUGACAACGAGCGAUCAAUUCCAUGUCUGGUGGAUGGUCUGAAGCCGGGUCAGAGAAAGGUGGUAUUUUGCUGCUUGAAGCGAAACGAUAAGCGUGAGGUGAAAGUGGCCCAGCUUGCCGGUUCUGUCGCUGAGAUGUCUGCAUACCACCACGGAGAGGCGUCUCUGAUGAUGACCAUCGUGGGUCUGGCACAGAACUUUGUGGGCAGCAACAAUCUGAACCUUCUGCAGCCUCUGGGGCAGUUCGGUACACGCCUUCACGGGGGCAAAGACUCGGCCAGCCCCAGAUACAUUUUCACCAUGCUUAGUACACUGGCUCGGCUGGUUUUCCCCACGGAGGACGACAACCUGCUCAAGUACAACUACGAUGACAACAUGCGUGUAGAACCCGAGUGGUACGUCCCGAUCAUCCCGCUCGUUCUGGCUAACGGUGCUGACGGCAUCGGCACGGGCUGGGCCAGCCGCCUGCCCAACUACGACGUGCGUGAGAUCGUCAGCAACAUCCACCGCAUGCUCGACGGUCAGGAGCCUCAGCCCAUGUUGCCAAGUUAUAAGGGCUUUAAAGGAACCAUUGAGCAGGUGACUACCAACCAAUACAUGAACAGCGGUGAGGUGGCCAUCAUUGACUCCACCACCAUCGAGAUCUCAGAGUUGCCCGUGAAAACCUGGACUCAGACGUACAAGGAGAACGUGUUGGAGGUGAUGCUGAACGGCUCUGAGAAGGCACCCCCUCUGAUCACGGAUUAUAAAGAGUACCACACGGACUCCACUGUGCGCUUCGUGGUCAAAAUGACAGAGGAGAGGCUGCGUGAGGCAGAGGCUGCGGGCCUACACAAAGUUUUCAAGCUCCAGAACCCACUCACCUGCAACUCCAUGGUUCUGUUUGACCACGUGGGCAGUUUGAAGAAGUAUGAGACAGUGCAGGACAUCAUGAAGGACUUCUUCGAGCUGCGCCUGAGGUACUACGUUCUGAGGAAGGACUGGCUGCUGGGCAUGCUGGGAGCCGAGUGCGCCAAGCUCUCCAACCAGGCACGCUUCAUUCUGGAGAAGAUCCAGGGCACUCUUGUCAUUGAGAACAAACCCAAGAAGGAGCUGAUCCGCAUGCUGCAGGAGAUGGGAUACGACUCUGAUCCUGUUAAAGCCUGGAAAGCAUCUCAGGAGAAGGACGUAGAAGAAGAAGGUGGCGAUGACGAAGAGAAGGAAAAGGAGGAAGAGACAUCAGGGCCAGACUAUAAUUACCUCCUGAGCAUGCCCAUGUGGUUCCUCACUAAAGAGAAGAAAGAGGAGCUGUGCAAGCAAAGAGAUGCGAAGAUGGCUGAGCUGAACGUAUUGAAGAGGAAGUCUCCCUCAGAUCUGUGGAAGGAGGACCUUGCUGCCUUCACUGAGGAGCUGGAGCGUGUGGAGCAGCUUGAGCGAGACGCCCAGGCUCCGAUCACCCAGGUCAAGGGCAAAGGGGGCCGAUCAAAGGUGGUAAAGAUGAAAGAUGAGACCAUGCCCACCCCUCAGGGACGCCGUGUCAUCCCACGCAUCACCAGUGCCAUGAAGGACCAGGCCAUUAAAAAAGUUGGAGCUAAGAAAGGCAAACUAAAGUCUGAGAGCGACGGCAGCGUAGUAAUGAAGAUGGAAUUCGGUGAUGAGGAUGCAGACGCGGGAGGCUCUCAGGAGAUGGGACUUGCUGCUCGUCUCACUAAAAAGGUCAAGAAGGAACCCAAAGAGAAAGUUUCCAAGUCAGGGAAGCAGACCACGCUGCAGUUUAAACCCACCAAGAAGGAGAAGAAGAACAACCCGUGGUCAUCUGAUGAGGAGGAGUCGUCCAGGGAAGAAGAUUCGGAAGACGUUUCCACAGGUUCAGGAGAAAUGGCUCAGAGAGAGCGUCUGGGCAGAAAAGCUAAUGCCAGGGUGAAGUACUGCCUGUCUGACAGUGAAGACGAGUCUGGGAACUGGGAGAGUUUGGGUUCAAAGAAAGCUCCAGCGACCGUCGUCGACGAUGAUGAUGAUGAUGACGACGACAUGUUGGUCACAGAACCCAGCGCUGUACCAGAGAGCGAGCAGGACUCGCCCGCCCCCCUGCCACCGAAAAAAGCAGCGAAAAAACCCAAGGAAGACAAAGUAGUGAAGAGCAAAGUCACCUCUGAAGGUGCUGCUUCUAAACCUCCACCCAAGCCCAAAGAGAAAGUGGUGAAGAAAGCAGCAGAUGGCGCUGCAAAGAAACCCCCCGCGGCCAAGAAGACCACGGCGGUCUCCAGAAAGAAAGCAGCAGUGACGGACGCGGCGCAGCCAUCGAUCCUCGACGCCUUGUCCAAACCCGCGGCCGCUAAAAAGAGCACAGCCACCAAACGGACGACGUCCAGCGAAUCGGAAACCUCUGCCCCCGCACCGGCAGCCAAAAAGACCGCUGCAGCACGCAAGAGGAAAGUACUGAGCAGCGACGAGUCGGAAAGCGACUCAGACGGAGGAAACCUCAUGGCUCGUCUCAAAGGCAAAGCCACGGCUGCAGGAAAGAAGAGCAAGUGGGAAGACGAUGACAGCUUUGAUUUGGGCGUGACGUCCUCUGCCGUGGCCCCAAGGACCAAAACGGCACGCAGCACAAAACCCAUUACCUACGCACUGGACUCUGACUCUGAAGACGAUUUUUAGUUUGUUCGAGUGGAACGAGGCUUACGCUGUGUAUAUAAACACAUUUUAAAACUUGAGCUCGGUUUCAUUUCCUUUUAUAACCAUUUAGCAGUUUAUCACAUUUUGAUGUUUCUAAAAAAUUAUACUGUGGAAGAUUUUGUGUGUUGAGAAGUUCUUUGUGUCUGUCUUUUGUAAAUAUUUUCUAUCUUUUUUCUACCAAAUAUGUAUUAAAAAAAAAUAAACUUUUGGCUUUGAGCUUCACUUCA